GUUAUUUCAUCACUUGUCCUUGAUCUUCUCCCGGCAGCCGCUGCUCUUAUCUGCGCAUCCCCCUCGUGCCAUAACUGACAACUCUCACUCAUUGACCUCGAUUCCACCUCUGCAUCAUCAGCCAACAUGCCUCCAAUCACCAACGUUGAGCGUGUCUAUCAAGAGCGCUACGCCGAAGCACAUGCCUACCUCAAGGCCACAAACAGCGAAAACCCAUUCAUGGUCAUUCGUGCUGAGAACAAGUUCAUCGAGCUGCUCGAAGAGCCCCACAUACCAUUCUGGAUGAGAGCUCAGUGCAAUGCCAUCCUUGCAGGCUUGACAGACGAAACGGCCGAUGCUAGAAAGUACCUCAAGGGAGCCCAUACCAGCUUGGGCUACUUCGUCCAGAUCCGCGAGCUCGCCACCGGUAGUCUGUCAGACACCGCAGGUCACCGUCUUGCUCAACUGCGUGAACAGCUGACCAAGAUCGAGCGCGACAUCGCAGCAAGAGAGGCCGCAAAAGAGCAACGCUCGGCUCAGAACUUGGAAGACGAUAAGGAAAUGUUACUCGAAGGUCAACGUUCGGCUCAAGAUCUCGAAGAUGCCAAGCAGAUGUUGCUUGGACCUGAGCAAGAGAUGCUGCACGAACCAGUCGUCACCGAUGAUACCCGGGCGCUCCCCAAGACCGAGCCAAAGCCUGCAAGCGCCGAGCAAAGCCUCGAGCAAGGCACCGAGCGUAUGGACAUCGACUCUGAUCGCAGUACGGCCACCUUGUUCCCACCUCACACGGAAGUGACGGCCGACAGCUCCCAGCACGCUGCUGAUUCUGACACUGACAUGACUUCCCAGUUCUCUGACAACGAGUCCACCGCCACUGUCAAGAUGGAGGAAGACGACGACGAAGUCCUUUGAUUGAUGAGAUUCUCCACGCCUGGCUCAUGAGAUUACCAUGAUGCUCACUCUUGCUUCCAGCGCUUGAUACGCUGAGAUCGACGUCCUCAAUUGAGGUUCAGUCUACCGGGCACUUUUGCUGCCUGAGAUACGAACGCGAAAUCGCGAUCCGCAAUGCUUGUGACUAUCAUCCGCAUCCUGCGAACUGUAGUUACAAUUAUGCAUCUCUGCACAGAACUUCGUUGCUUUCC